AUGUUUAAGUGCUAUUUCUUCACAAUCGAGUUUGGCCUUUGCAAACAAGAAGGACAACUGUGGGCAUACGGAGCAGGGCUGCUCUCCUCCAUUGGGGAAUUACAGCAUGCCCUUUCUGACAAGGCAUGUGUGAAAGCCUUUGACCCAAAGACAACUUGCUUACAGGAGUGCCUGAUCACCACCUUCCAGGAGGCCUACUUUGUUUCGGAAAGUUUCGAAGAAGCCAAAGAAAAGAUGAGGGACUUUGCAAAGUCCAUCACCCGCCCCUUCUCAGUGCACUUCAAUCCCUACACUCAGAGCAUUGAAAUUCUGAAAGACACCAGAAGUAUUGAAAAUGUGGUGCAGGACCUUCGCAGCGACUUCAACACCGUGUGUGACGCCUUGGACAAGAUGAACCAGUACCUUGGGAUCUGA